AUGUCUGUUCUCGAUGCUGCACUUGAGUUAGAACCGGUCGCUGUCCUGCGAGCUUUGCAAGCCGAACAAGGCCCAAUAUCGAUAUCCCAUGAAACCUCCAAAGUUGAUCACGUCACAGCGCCGUUGCCAGUCCUCCUUUCUAGCACGCCUUCUGCAGAGGCAGUCGAGCUGAGCUCAAUGCCUACUGCAGGCAAAGGCUCGUUGCGAGAGCGAGUGCCGACUCCUGCUCCCUCCGCUCCUUCAGACCAGCCUGCGGAGCCGACCUUGAGCAGGCGUUAUCAGCGGAUUUAUUUAGCUACAAGCGUUGUGGGCUCGGCAGUCAUUGGUUGGAGCGAUGGCUCGACUGGACCGUUGAUUCUCCGGAUGGAGUCCAACUACAACGCAAGUAUUCAGAUCGGCUAUACCGUCGUUUUUCUCCUCUUCAUCGCGGCUUUUGGAUAUGGGCUAGCCGCACUUGUUACUGUCCCGCUCACGGACAGGCUUGACUUUGGAAAAGUUGUUGUCCUCGGUUCCAUCCUUCAACUUGUUGCAUUCGCAGUUGAAGCCGGAGCACCGCCAUGGCCGGUCUUCGUGGUCGCUUAUUCUUUGAACGGGUUUGCCGUGGCGAUCAUGGGCGCACAGGUGAACGCGUUUGUGGCAUGUCUACCUGGCGGUAACUGGAAACUCCAGUUGCUACAUGCCGGCUAUGGCGUGGGCGCUUUCAUCAGCCCAUUGGCAGCUACCCAGUUCGCCCAGGCAACACAUUGGUCUUUCCAGUAUCUCAUUGCUGGCUGCCUAUCUGUCGUAGAAAUCAUACUUUUCUGUGUUAUUUUCCGCUUUCGUACACAGUCCCAACUUCUCCACACCCCUCCGUCUACAAGCUCUCCGGAUGGGGGGAACAAAUACCGCCAGAUCCUGCGCCUGCGCCUGGUUCAUCUCUUCUCCUUUUUUAUACUUGUCUAUGUCGGACUCGAAGUCUCCAUCGGCGGGUGGAUCGUCACCUACCUAGUACAGAUCCGGGGAGCAGGCCCAAGUGCAGGAUAUGUACGCAGCGGCUUCUGGGGCGGUCUUGCCAUGGGGCGUUUGCUGCUCAUCUGGGUGAACGAGAAACUGGGCGUGAAGCGGGUUAUAUUCCUAUAUCUUGGGCUUGCUUUCGCACUCGAGUUUGUCGUAUGGUUUGUUCCAAAUGCCAUAGGGGACGCAGUCGCAGUGUCGGUAAUUGGGUUAUUGCUUGGGCCGUUCUACCCCUGGGUUGUCGGCACGGGGCAAAGAUUGUUUCCAGCUUGGCUCCUCACUGGCUGCAUAGGCUGGAUUGCAUCCUUCGGCCAGGCAGGUUCAGCUGUCUUCCCCUUCCUUACCGGCGCCCUCGCGCAGAAAUAUGGCAUUCAGGUGCUCCAACCGGUGUUGGUCGCCAUGAUCGUAGCAGAGGCAGCGAUUUGGAGUGUGAUCCCAUUGGGAGAGAGAAGGACGGACUGA